AUGCUGUCCAUCCUUCUGCUGGCUGUUCUCGCCGCGCGAACCGUGUCAGCCGCCACCUUCGUGGUGUGCACGUCAACCUUCGCGGGUACCCCGACGUUCAAGCCCGCUGCCAACAAUGAGGCGUGUUUGUCUGCUUGUGGUGGCUUCCAGUGGAGCUACUACGCCCCCGGCCAGUGCGUCUGCAGCAACACUGGGCCCAGCAACGGCCUCACGACGUACACGCCCAACUCGUACUUCUACAAGGUGGUCGUUGUUCCCACGGACGCCUGCCCCAGGGGUGGAUACAUUGCGUCGAAACUGGUCACGUCGUUCUCGUACGCGUACUGCGCCGACAGCAUCAUCCCCAACAUCUUGGACACGCCGAACCAGAACAAUGAUUUCACGACUGUCCAGACCCCCGACCAAUGCUUUGCCCAGUGCCAGGCCAAGAACUACGCCCUGCUGUGGGCCAACUCCGGCAAGUCUGAGGGCUGGAAAUGCGCAUGCCUCAAGUACUACCCCGUCAUCCUCCCGCUCAUCGUCAACUGCCAAAACAAGGCCCGGUUCCUGUUCCAGCAUGCUCCGCAGGUGUCUGGCGCGAUCGCACGCCGCAACCGCAAGCCACUGGCCAUUGAUGGCGCCGAGGCGUACUGCCCGCCUGGUCUUGAGCCUUGCAAGGUCCCCGAGGGAGGUUAUGAGUGCCUCGACGUGUCGUCGGAGCUGAACUCGUGCGGCGGUUGCCUCAACGGCUCGAUGGUGCCUAGCAAUAACCAGACGGUCGGAUUGGAGGCUACGGCGUGA